AUGGUUCAAGUGAAGGCAGGGAGCCUGGAGCUGGGGCAGGAACAAGUCAGCUGUCAGGAGGGUUUUCCCAGUGAUGGGUCAGCCCUGGCUCUAUUCUCUGGCCUUCUUAGUCUCCUUCCCUCUGAUCCAUCAACGGUUGAGGCAUCAAAUUUUCAAAAAGACAAGAAGACUCGAUUCAUCAUCCAGGGCUUCAUAGACAAGGGAGAUGAGAGCUGGCUGCUGGAUAUGUGCAAGAACAUGGUCAAGGUGCAGGAGGUGAACCGCAUCUGUGUGGACUGGAAGAAAGGUGCCCAAACCACCUACAUGCAGGCCGCCAACAAUGUGCGGGUGGUGGGUGCCCAGGUGGCCCAGAUGCUCAGCAUGCUCUCAGUUAACUACAUCUACAGCCAGGUCUAUUUUCUGCAGCACUGGCCAUCUCUUUUAGGGUUAGAUCCCGUAGAAGCAAAUUUCCGGGGUACUCUUGAAGAGGUUCAACUCCACCCCUCCGACGCUGACUUUGUUGAUGUGAUCCACACAGAUGCAGCUCCUCUGACCCCAUUCAUGGGUUUUCGAAUAAACCAACGGGUGGGUCACUUUGACUUUUUCCCAAAUGGAGGAGAGGAGAUGCGGGGAUCCAAGAAGAACGUGCUCCUGCAGACUGUGGAGCUUAGAGGCAUGGGCUUGGGAACCCGGGACUUUGUGGCUUGCAAACAUCUGAGAAGCUACAAGUAUUACUCGGAGAGCAUCCUCAAUUCUGAUGGGUUCGCUGCAUACCCCUGCGAUUCCUGUAGGACCUUUGAUUCUAACAAGUGCUUCCCCUGUCCAGAUGCAGGGUGCCCGCAGAUGGGCCACUAUGCUGAUCAAUUUGCCAGCAAGACAAGUGAGGAGCAGCAGAAAUUCUUCCUGAACACAGGAGAUUCCAGCAGUUUUGCCUGUAAGUUGCACUUUGACUUUCCCACCCACGAAAACAAAGUUUAG